GCUCUUUCGCGGUUUGAUUCUGGGGUGGGGCGGCAGCGGGAGCGCGCCUGCUUUUCCUAGGCCAGCGGGCGGUUGUCUGUGGCUCCGCGACUGGGCGCCCCGUCACGUAGGUUACACGCACAAUCACUCCCCAGGGACGGCCCGGAGUCCGUCCAGGCAGCUGCGCCCUCCCCAGACCCGGGCACCGCGGAGGCUGGAGCCGCAAUGGUGCUGAUCGAGGGCGGGAGACGGAGCUGACCAGGGGCCGGAGGGGCUGAGAAGAGCCUGCCCAAGUCUGGGCCAAGCACGAAGCCCUUUCCCACCCGUCGGGCUCCUGGUUCCCGCCAGCCGAUUUCCAGCCGUCAGGGUCACGCCACUCGCUGGAAACCCUGAACUCUGUGCCCCCCAAGCCCUGGGCCCCCUGCGGGAAUGUUCAAAAAUGAGUACCAGGGAGGUGCAUUUGUUGAAAUUUUCAGUGCUCAAGGAAAAAAUCCUGGAGCAAAAUGGAAGAUCCUUGGUAGUCCAUCUGUGAUUUGGAAAGAGUUUGAUAAAGAAGUUAAAAGUUUUGUGUUUGUCCUGGAAGGCAGCAGCCAAACAAACAAAAUUCAGUUACCAAAGGAGAAUAAGCAAAGCCUUGGAUUGAUCCAGAGGUUUCUUGUACUUCAGAUUUACGUACCCCUGGGACAAGACUUCUCCACUGAAUUGCUGCAAAAUGUGAUACUCCAGCAUUCUUUUCCCAAGAGAUAUGAAGAUCUUCUGACAAUUCAAAUGAGAUUAGUGUAGACUAGAACUUCUCAAACCAUUUGAAGAACGAGAAUUACUGAUUUAGGGAACAUCAAAAGAAGAUUAUAUUUAUCAACGGUCCAUAAGGAACUAUCCUCCACCCCUCUUCAUGCAAAAAUUCCACUCUUCAUGAUCAAACGUAAAAUUUGGUGCAAUCUAUGCAUUGACUUAGUAGCAUUCACCAGUGAAAUAUUCAAGGGGGCUGUUUUCCAGUCAUUGGAUGGAAUUGUUGUCUCAGCUAACUGUAAGCUACGGAAGAUCUUCACCUUAAAAUCAAAGCCACAAGACACUGCUGAUAAGGAUGCUGUCUCUGGUGUUCCCUUUUCAACAGAUGAGCCUACAGAUAUUAUACCACGAAGCUGUCAACUAAUGACAGAUGUUCCACAUGUCACACAGCUGCUAAACAUGACUAAACUUCGCCAAACUGAAAUAAAAUUCGGAGGCCAUCCUCUAAGAUCAGCAGAAUCAGAUCAGUUCAUUAACAGAGGAACAAGUAUUACACGGAACAGUAAAAAUCAAGAUGUUUGUCAUAUCGCAUUUGGAUCCAAAGUUCUUGGGCCACCUCCACUCUCUGGCAGAAGGAAUAACAUGAAGAUAUCCAGCGAGACAGUGAGAUCCGUUGGGUCCAAAAAUAACCGAUCAUGCCAGCCGUCCACUGUAGAGAAAUGUGUUAACGGUACAGAAAUGUCAGCCUUGCUGAUACCUGAGUCUGAGGAACAAGGAAAUAAAGAAAAUAUUCACCAAAUAAAGCAGACUGUACCUAUUCAUGCAGCCAAUCUACAUAUUAUGCAUCCGCAUCCCCCUCAAGAACCAUCAGCAGAUAAGAAUAAUAACAGAAGAAGAUUACGGUUAAAAAGUACCAGCAGAGAAAGGACAGAGACACCCAGCGGUAGCCCUUCAGGAAAUAAUAGGAAUGAAGAUAAAGCAUCAACUAUCCUCACCACUGUGUCCCAACAAGGAGCAGAGCUGUUGAACUCCGGCACUCUAGGACCCCAGUCUCCUGAUCAAUCAGAUGAGUGGAUUUUUCCUGAAAAUGCUGAUCACAUUUCAUAUCUGGCAUCCAGCAGACAGUCUCUACUUCUGGGUGAUGACUCCUGCAACCCAUCACACCUGUGGCUGGAAGCCAGCAAAGAGAGUGAACAUGACCAGCAGGCAGAGGAAUCCCAGAGUGUUCCAAAGGACAUUUUCACUUUUUCAUCAAGACCACGAUCAGCACCUCAUGGAAAGACUCAGACUAUGUCCCCAGAGGAGCUCUCAUUUAUUUUGGAUCUAAAAGAGGAUAACAGUGUGACAAGCAGAGACACCCAAUCAGAGGAUGAUUUUUACGGCGGCGACAGCAGUGAAGAGGGUAACCACAGUAUCCAGGGUUCUCGAGGCCCAACAACUGGUCCUUCAGAGUUAACUCAGUUAACAUUAGAGAGCCUGCUGGGGAAGGCUGCAAAGCGGACAAGUAAGGAAUAUCUAAAGAGCGCCUACACAGAAGCAGGAGCAACAGAAAGCCAGGAUUCCUCGACGGAGCAAAUAGAUAGAAAUAACUUUCAAAUGAGUUUGUUGCCUACAACAUGCCUUUCUCCAACUGGAAGAAGGUGUGGAUCCUGUCAGAAAACUCCAGAGCCCGUAAUCAAAGCGAAGGAUCUAUCAGCCCAGCAAGUGCCAGCUUCACUAAACAAAACCUCCCUGAAAGAAAUCUCAGGGGAAAGGCUGAGCUCCAUCCCCGAAGCAUCUGAAUAUGACUGGCAAAACUAUCAGCCGAGCCAGAUGAAUGAAUCCGAGUUACAGAUGCUAGCAAGCCUACAGCGGCAACAAAAUGAAGAACUGGAGGAUGCUGGGACCUCCCAUGGCCUGAGUGCCUCCCAGGUGGACAACUGUAAUGUCAGCAUAAGUACCAGCAGUGACGACACAACCACCUGGAACUCCUGCCUGCCACCCCCUGUCAACCAGGGUCGCCACUAUCAGAAAGAAAUGAACCCACCUUCUCCUUCUAAUCCCCGAAAACCUGCAGAUGAUGUGACUUGGCUCUUGGCUCAUAAAUUCAACAGCUUAGGAGAAUUGGCAGGAAGGCAUUAUUGGGCCAUAAAUACAGAAGAUGAUAAAAUUAUGAGGGACUGGUUAAAUAUGUUGAGCCCACCAAUCGUUCCUCCCAGUCAACAGCCAGCUGAGCAGCGUCCAGAUUCCUCUGAAAGUUUGAGUGUUCAAGGUGAAGAAGACCUCAGUGUGGAAGAGGACGAGGAAGUACUGACUUUGUUGUAUGACCCUUGUCUGAACUGUUACUUUGACCCCCAAACAGGGAAAUACUAUGAGUUGGUAUAAUGCCUCCUUCCGGGGCAGAGAGCAGGCACUCCCAGCUGGAGCAGAAUAGCAGUUCAGGGUCGCUUAAGGAGUCACCACAACUUAUGUGUUGGGUGACCACAAAACCAACAGAAACUGAGAGAAACGAAUUCAUUUUGUAAAUAAUGUUCAACGUUAAGAAUACCUAUUUUCCUUUUGUAGAUGAGUAUGAUUUUGAAACUGAAGAAAUUAAUACAGAGGCAAGAUUUUAGGAGUUUGAAUUGGUUCUUGUUUGUUCUCAUUCUACAUAUAAUUUUGUUUAUUUCAGAUAAUUUUAUGUAAACAAAUUAAGAGUUAUUCAUUCAAAUUUUUUGCAGUGUUAAUCUGUAAAUGAUGGUUUGAUGUACAGAAAAUGUAUUUUUGUUUAAAAGAUGCCUGGGUACCUUUUAUUUUAUGGCAUUUGUAUUAAAAAUAAAGUAUGAUGGU